AUAUAAGAGCGCGGCAGCUCCCUGAGGAGGCAUCCAGAUCGAGCUCAGCCUUCGAGGUACUCACAUACAUCCAAAUUCUAUAGCAGUGCGCGACACUCUUCAAUACUAAGUCAAUAUGAGGACCUUCGCCCUUUUCGCUGCGGUUUUCGCCUUCGCCGCCUACCAGGUGAACGGUGAGGCCUGCAACUGCCACCUGCGCGAGCUGGAUCUCUGCGCGGCGACGCUGCUGCUCUUCAACCAGAACCCAUCCGGAGUGGCCACCACCGAUGCUGAGGUCGACAAGCAGUGCGGCUUCCUCAAGGAGUCCCAGGACUGCUUCAGGAACUUCACCACUCGCUGCGCCACUCCCCUGCAGAGGGAACUGAUCGGUUUCGUCGCUGAGGGAUCCCAGGAGCUCUUCAAGCAGUUCUGUACCAAGGGAACCGAAGUCAGGACCAACUACCUGAAGCACGCUCCUUGCCUUGGCCAGACCCUCCCAGACCAGAAGAAGUGUCUUACCGACAUCCAGGCUGGACUCGAGAAGGUGUCCACCGUUGCUUUCAGCGACCGUGUCCCCGCUGCCUGCUGCAUGUACAACCGCUACCAGGGCUGCACCCGCAAGGCCGUCGCCAGCAAGUGCGGUGAGGAGGCCAUCGAGUUCGGUGAGAUCCUCGUCAAGAUGGCCGCUUCCGACCUUCCCAACGUGGUGUGCACUUCCUACGGCGAGAGCAACGCCCGGUGCAACUCCCUGCUGCCACCCCCCGGCACCAAGCCUUCCGGAAAGCCCACCAGUGUGCUCUCCCGUCUGUUCUCCGCCUACCUGGGCAACUAGACGGACUGCUGGCAGCAGUGCUGCUCGGCCCUUCUGAAGCUUCCCCUAAGAUCGGAUGCUCGCGCCCCUCCUCUUCCUCCUACUCCUCCGAAGCGACCACCGAAGCCCAACGGACUCUCACGGCGGUUGUGCUCCUGUUUAGCCUUUUUAAUUUUUUUUUUCUGCUCUGCCCACUUCUCGCAACCUUCUCGGACGGCCGGUGCGGAACCUGCAGGACUGCCGCCCGGCCCAACUUGGCAGCAUCUCUCGACCGGCACUUUCCUCUCCUCGGUCGCGCUUACCCCGUCUUCUCGCACGAGGAAAAAAAAAAAAAAAGCAGAACAGAUACACACAGAGAGAAAGGCGAACACACACGAACACUCUCACGCUUGUCAGCGAUAUUAGGGCGCUUCAGAAGAGGUGUUCCUGUAAAAUGGCAUUUAGUAUAUUAUUAGCGACUGGGAGUAGAUUACCCUAGCGCAAAAGAUUUAAAAAAAUACACAAAAACGACUGUAAAAAAAGACACAUAAGGACGUGGUUGAAUAGCAAGUUCCUUUUUUUUUUUCCGACUUGUCUUGCCAACUACGUGAUCUCAAAAGAGAGAGAAAAAAAAGCAGAUAGGUGUUGACGUCACGCAGUCCUGAGAGUACGAAACAAAAGGAAAGAAGUUCAAGACGCAGUCUUCAAGCGCAUGGCAUCUUCGUCGUGAUGAACAGUGUGUGCCUUGUUCCAAGGCUCGACUCAUGGGCCUACUCUGUAGGGUUUUGCGUGAAUAAAAUUCCUAAUGUUAUUACUGUUUUCCAA